CUGUGUGUCUCCCUGUGUGUCUCCCUGUGUGUCUCCCCGUGUGUCUCCGUGUCUCCGUGUCUCACUCUCUGCGUCUCCGCGUCUCGCGCAACGCGCGCGCGGAGCUCGGCCAAUGGGCGGAGACAGCGACAAGCACUUCACGACACUUCACGACACUCCCUCUCUACGCUUUACGGCCCCUUCUGUCAGCUGCGCUGCGUGACCUCGGAAGUCAACAGAAGGCGACGUUUCGGGCAAUGGCCCUUCUUCACAGCGCGGAGAGAGACAGUGGAUAUAAUAAGAGUUGUGACCUGCACUUGUUUACGCAAUGGGGCCUUAUAAGAAUACUUCCACAAUGUUUUUCUGGCACGUCAAUUGUUAAACUAAUAGUGGCCAUUGAAGCAGACAAAGCCCUUCAGUAAAUAAAACGUGUUUUACUCAAACUCAAUUUGUACUGAAAGUAAAAAUUAAAACAUUUCCGAGUUCGCCUUACACUUUACGGCACGGCCCACCACUGUAUCUGGUUGCCUCACGCAACUUUACGACAUACGGUACGAGCUUUACGACAUACGGGGAUCGACCUUUACGGCAUACGGGAAGUCGUCGACUUCAUCUCCACCUCUCUCCGGACGGGGCUAUCGGCCGCCCUUCCCUCCUCCCGUCUACGGCUCCCGUCAUGGGGGGCCUCUUCAUGGACGCCACGGGCGAUCGACCGCGGUUCUUCCUGCACGGCAAGGAGCAGGAGGAGGAGGUGGAGGAGGAGGAGGUGGUGGGAAAGUCGACCCCUGGAUCGCGAGAGGUGGACAACCAUGCGGUGGUCGUCGCCGUGAAGGCGUGCGGCCUCAGCCCCGUGCCGUGCGCGCUCCUUGCGCGGCUCAAGAUGCAGCAGUCCCCGCAGGCCGUGGGGCGGGAGGUGGCGGGGAUGGUGGCCGCCGUCGGAGCGCUGGUGACGUUCUUCAAGCCCGGCGAUGAAGUCGUGGGAAUCCUGCCGCUCGACUGCACGGAGUCUGGCCUGGCUCCCCGCGUCACCGUGCACGAGCACUGCCUGGGUGAGACUGGAGCGCUGCUGUGGCGAGAUGUUAACUACCUCACCUGUGUUGAGGCCGAGCGGCGUGGACUGCGUGGAGGCCGCUGCGUGCGUGCGGGACGGCAUGGUGGCCACAGCGGCGCUGCAAGGCCUCGCCGGAGCCGGAGCGGCCGUGCUCGUGACGGACGCGGCGACCUCCGUGGGCGUGGCGAUCUGCCAGUUGGCUCAGCAUCGUGGGGCAAAGGUGGUGGCAGCCGUGGGCCCUGGAGUGGACAGAGAGACCCUGGACCAACUGUGGCCACAAUCUGCACGGGUGGUGGAGCUGGGCGUGGGAGGCGGCAACCUCGUGGCGAGCUGCCUGGAGGAGACGGGGGGGCUCGGAGUCGACCUCGUGGUGGACGCUGGAGUGCGAGCGAGCAGCACCGGGGGGGCGCCGCCCGCGCCCGGCUCGCCGCGCAAGCACGACCUGCUCAGCGCCCUCGCCGUCGCCGGCCAGUGGGUCACCACCCACGAGCUGCUGCAGCUGGACCCCCCCGACUGCGCCCUGCUGCAGCUGAAGGGCGCCAGCGUUCGGUUCCUCAACGAGGAGCUGUGGAGCCUCUCCCCGACUCGCCGGGGGCGGCACCUGCACGGCUUGCGCGACGUCAUGGAGAAGCUCUCGGCUGGCGUGUUCAGGCCGUUCAUGCACCGCGCGGAGGGCCUUGGCCAAGCGGUGGAGGCGAUGACCGCGGUGCAGGCCGGGCGCUCGCAGCUCAAACGCGUCGUGCAGCUCUAAUCAUGCCGGGAGUCGGCGGGGUCACCGGGUCGGCCCCGCGCUUUGCGUGGCGAUGACCUCGAGGUCGCGGCGACGCUGCUGGGGGUUCGUCAACUCCGGUUCCCGAUGGGCGCGCAACGAAUUUGGCGUCACGACGUCGCAACACGAGCGCACGCGACUGCCGCGAACCUCCAGUGCCCGUCUCCAUCCCUCGAUUCUCCAAUCUCUUGCCCGCAGCUCUCCUCUCCCGUGUAUCUCUCACCUUCGGACAUCAUCGCCUGUUUAUCUCCGAUCUCUCUCAUCCGUCUCUUGCCCACAGAGCUCCCUUUCAUGUCACGGUGUCAGUGAGCCUCUCUCUUGAAGCUGCACGCUCCCGCUAGCUCACUCAUCGCUUGCCACCCCCGCAACCGCCUCUGCCCACAGUGGCCACACCUGCUCCUCCACUCCACCGGCACUGCGGCACCGACUCACGGUAAACCCGCACUGCCGGUGACGAUCGCCAACCGACAAGUGGACAAAUUCCCCCGUCACAGUCAAUCCACUGCUGGCUGAAGGCUGCCGUCAACCCCCGCCAACCCCCCCCACCCCCCAAACGUUCCGGGGACUUGGAACUCCGACGCCGGACAUCCGUGCAGCAGCAGCAGCAGCAGGGCGCGACAUCGCCUCUCGAGUCGAACGGGAAGAAUCGAGCAAUUAUUUUAUUGCGCAAUGCCACGGGACAAGCCGCGAGAGAGACGAGACGCCACGGGAGAGAUGAGACGCCACGGGAGAGACGAGACGCCGCGAGAGAGAUGAGACGCCACGGGAGAGACGAGACGCCACGGGAGAGAUGAGACGCCACGAGAGAGAUGAGACGCCACGGGAGAGAUGAGACGCCACGGGAGACGAGACGCCACGGGAGACGAGACGCACACAGGCGGGGGAGGGAGUCAGAGCAGCGGGCCUCGUUAUUGGAGUGUGGGUCUCUACGUGAGUCUGUGGGUCUCUACGUGAGUCUGUGGGUCUCUACGUGGGUCUCUACGCGAGUCUGUGGGUCUCUACGUGAGUCUGUGGGU